AUGGGUGUCUACCUCCUAACGAUAGGUGUGGUGGAUGCCAUUUGGGCAGGGGAGUAUUAUUUGCAUGACUAUUACUGGCGUUCAAGUUUGACAUGUCAGGUAACAGGUGCCAUUGCCGUGUUGUCAAGUGAGGUGUCUGUAAUGACGAUUUGUUUGCUCUCCGCCGACCGGAUGAAGAAUGUUCUGUUCCCCUAUCGGGGAAAGUCCCUUACACUUAAGGUUACGCACCUUUUGUGCUUCCUUAUCUGGAUUGUUGGUGGCAUAAUUGCAUUUAUUCCCACGGUGGGCUUCGACUACUUCGGUAGUCGCCAGAAAGGUCAUCACUUCUAUGGCAGAUCAGUUGUAUGUCUGCCAUUGCAGCUUUCCACAGAUAAGCCGUCGGGCUGGGAGUACUCUGUUGCCAUGUUUGUGGGUUUAAACUUUACCCUUGUGCUCUUUGUCGUUGUGGCAUAUGCGAUGAUAAUCUAUAAGUCCUGCGCAUCAAACAGGCGCAUGGCUAAACAAGGGACCGAAAGAGAGAGGAGAAUGAAAGCCAAGGCAAGGGCAGCCGAUCUUAGGAGGGAGGCCUCGCUCGCCAAAAGAGUGUUCUUCAUUGUUCUUACCGACUGUGUCUGCUGGCUGCCUAUUGUGGCGAUUGGAAUGAGGUCUCUCUUGGAAAAAUCCUUCCGUACACCUGGUGACCUCGCAGUUUGGAUCGCAGUCUUUGUUCUGCCGGUUAACUCUGCCAUCAAUCCCAUUCUUUACACCUUGUCUACCCCACAGGUACAUGUGCUCAUAACUUGAACGGUUGGAAAAGUAUAUAUUCAGCCAAUAAGUUAAAUUUUGUAUUUAUAUCAUGUCUCUCAGAUCACAGAUCACAUCUAAAUUCGACAAGAAUAAAUAAGUGAAACACGAACCGCCAAGAAGUGUCUCACUGUGUAUAAUUUUACCGGAUUUUUAUAUCAGCUGGUAAACUUGAUUUCCGCCAUUUCUGAGAUCCCUUUGCCUCAGAACUCUCUUCUGUAUGUAAAACGUGCACGUUUUCAUUGUAUCGCACUCGGUUUGAGAGUGGCUGGAAAGCUGCGCAAACGUAGUUUGCAUUCCUGGGGAAAUCAAAGACUCGAAGGGUUUAAAAACUGGUGAGGAAGUACUAUUUACUGAUUAUAACCUCGUGUUUUGUUUCGAUGUAUUAAGGUCCGAGGAGUCAUCAGAGCCAAAUUCCAACCAUUGUGGGAUUAUCUGGUGGCAAAACUCGGCCGAAAUCAAGAUGUUGAAGGUAAUUUUUGACACUUUAAAUAAUCUUUCAUCAUUCUGGGGAGUAUUUUUCUCGUUCUUUAAUUUUUUGGUUUCAUGCCAUAAAGUUACGUUUUAAACAGGUUUAAGAGCAGAUAUACCGUGGGUUAAUCAAUCAGAUCGGCUCGUAAGCCAAGAGAUACUUUUUGGUUACCCAUAUGAAUAAGAAACAAACAGAUCUAUGUAUUUAGUGGCGCGUGAGCUUGAAUCUUUCAUUUAAACACAUAGGUUGACUCAACCUCAAAUGAUAAAAAAAGACGUUGCCUCAUGAAUGAAUAAUUUGUUAUUGCUGAUGUUUUGUCCGCUUGCUUGUAUUUUUUCGUCAGUUCAAGAUCAGGGAAUAGAGAUGAGAGUCAUCGAAGAAGGUACGCACCAUUCACUUCUCCACAGACUAAAACAAAUUUCAGAACGCAAUACCUAGCAUUCAAAAACCAAGAGCAAAACAGAAAAGCCAAAGAAAAGCAUUGUUGUAACUUUGAAGCAAUUCGGUUCGACCUUUUUGCCAUUAUAAGAAACGCGUAAAAAGUAAUUUAGCCUCCAGUUUGAAGUUUACAGACAACCACAUUUUGAGUCAAUUUAAUUACUGUAAUUUUUCUUUAUGUAAUAUGCUUAAUCCUACUUUGACUGAUUCUCAAUUAUUAUUUAGUGGAGGGAAGACUUAUAGAUUUUUUCACCACUAACAAUAUUUCGCUUUUUGUCAUAAAACACUCACAUAAAAAAUCGAAAUGGGCUAAGAACAUCGGAGACUUAAUCGGCUGAGUCCAGUGCACCACAUUUUUGAUGUUACCACAUUUUGUCGUCAUAUGUUAUCUAUGAAUGAACAGACGCACGGCAACAUAGGCUACUUGUUUGGUCGACCGUGAAAAGUUUGCAAAUAAUGGUUUUAAUAAGGUAUCAAAGCCACAAAGAGAUAUUCGGAAAGAGUAAAAGCGGAGCGUAAAUGAUUGAGGACGGAGAAGUUACACGAUGCGGUUACCAAAUGCAAAAAGCACGGUAUAGUUCGUUUUACAAAUUUGGCGAUUUGGCCAACUACAACCACCAGAGGAAACACUUUUUAACCUUAUUCCCUUUUUGUGUUUAUUUUAUUGAACACAGUACAAAACCAAGGGGAAGUGGGGAGCACUGACGAUAGUGAGGAUGAAUCGCAAGAAGAACAAGGAGAUGGUGAGCACCAUGCAAGAUCAGGCGAAGACAAUGAACAACCUUUUGAAUCCCAGCAGGUUGAACAUGAACAAGACGAAGAACCAAAACAAGGAAAAGAAGAAGCCACUGAAAAGCAGCAAGUUGAACACGAACAAGACGAAAAACCAAAACAAGGAAAAGAAGAAGCCACUGAAGAGCAGCAAGUUGAACGUAAACAAGACGAAGAACGAAAACAAGGCCCAGAAGAAACGACUGAACAGCAGGAAGUUGAACGUGAACAAGACGAAGAACCAGAACAAGGCCAAGAAGAACCCACUGAACAGCAGCAGGUUGAAUCUAAAGGAAACGAAACACCAAAAGAUGACCAUGAAGAACCAACUACAGAGCAGGAAGUUGAACAAGAUCAUCAAGCAGAUUCAAAGGGAAACAAAGAAGUCAGCGAGACGCAACGAGAAAAACAGGAGCUAAAUGAAGCCGAUGAAAAACCUGAGCGAAAGCUGAAAGGAGACGACCAGGAAUCCAAACAACAGGGCACUCAACAACAAGAAGAAAAAGAACCGAACGUCGACCAUGCAGAGCCUGAUGAGCUAAAGGAUGCAAGUAAAGAGAAGAACAAGUCGAAAAGAAAUGAAAACGAAAGUGAACAGCAACAAGAGGAAAAUGAACAAGAUGAGCAGGAGAAAGAAGAACACCCUGAAGAAACCGAAAAGCAGCAAAUUAAUUGUGAUCAAGAAGAACGAGAACAAGACCAUAAGGAUCCUAAACUCGAGAAAAUUGGACAAGAAAAGCCAAAAGGAGACGAUGAAGAUUCUAAGAAAGAGCAACUGGAUUAUGAACAACCAAAAGAAGACCAUAAAGAACCUAUGAAAGACCAACUGCAGCAAGAAAAACGAAAAGGAGAGAAUCAGGAACCUAAACAAGAG